GCCAUGAAUACAUCGUAGACGGUUAUUCAUAAUCACGACGUGUAUGUAAAGAUACUGACUGCGUUAUUAAAACUGCUAAACGCUGCAUUCACAACCCAAUAGAGAGCGGAUUAUGUCGAUUCAUAACGACUCAUUUCAUGAACGACAGAAGCAAUGCGAGCUAUUGUUAUGACACAAUUUAUAUCUAAGUAACAUUUGGUAAGAACUUCUAUACAUUUGAAGUAACGGAUUAUCGGCGUGAGGGAUAAACAUGGAGGUGGAAGUAACAGUGGCCCUCGUUGCGGCAAUCCUCGCGAUGUUGAUCGUGCACCUGUAUCGGCAUUUUACUCAACUCCGACGUAACGGCAUACCAGGCCCAACCCCUUGGCCGUUGGUGGGCAACCUGUUGCAGAUGUUUUACAGGGGUGUUAACAAGACAGACGAAGAGUGGUUUCAAAAAUACGGAAAAGUCUAUGGAUGCUACUUUGGUUACCAGCCCCAGGUUGUCACUUGCGACCCUGAACUUAUCAAGAACGUGCUUGUGAAAGACUUCCACAACUUCACCGACAGGCCGGUUCCGAAGAAUAUUCCCCGAUUGCUGUCGGAAGGUCUGUUUUUCAUGCAAGGCCGUAACUGGAAACGUGUUCGGAACCUUUUGACGCCGUCGUUCAGCGCUGCUAAACUCAAACAGUUUUUACCAAUUAUCGACAAAUGUGCAUCUGUGUUAGCGACGAACAUUGGCAGCCAAAUCAGAAAAGAGGUGGACGUUCGAAAGAUAUUUUCGCACUUCACGAUGGACGCCAUCGCUUCUACCGCUUUUGGUAUCGACAUCGACUCUCAGAACCAACCGGAAGACCCCUUUGUGACACACAUUGAGCGUUUAUUUAUCCCGAGUUCUUUUACAAGGAUUUACGUCGUGCUGACGUCCUCGAUUCCGAUUUUGGGCGAUGCGCUGAAAUAUCUCGGAUUUUCCUCGUCGCCCGGCAAAACCAUAGAUUUUUACCAACGCACCGGUCAGACUCUUAUUGACGAAAGAAAGAAACACAAAAUGGAGCGUGUCGAUUUUAUUCAACUGUUGUUAAAAGCGGAGUUUGAUCCAGCAAAAUCCGAAUAUAUCCAGAACGGGGUUGAUAUUGGACCGAGCGACCUUUCCGAAGAUAUUCAGCAGAAAGAAAAGCUAACGGACUUUGAAAUCAACGCCACGGCGUUUGUUUUCUUUCUCGCGGGGUUUGAGACCACGGCAAGCUUGCUUCGUUAUUCCACCUACGUACUGGCACUUCAUCCGGAUAUUGAGGCCAAGUUGCUCCGAGAGAUUGAGGAAAACAUUCAGGAGGAAAGUCCGACGUAUCAAAAUCUGGCUACGUUAAAGUACAUGGAUCAGUUUUUCAACGAAGUUCUUCGAAUGUACCCGCCCAUUACGAGACUGUCCCGCACGUGUCAAACGGAUAUCCGGUACGGUGAUAUGGUGAUACCACGUGGUACCAGCGUGGUGGUUCCAGUCUGGACCGUUCAUUACGAUCCAGAAAACUAUCCGGAUUCGGAAGUGUUCGAUCCUGAAAGGUUCAGCACGGAGGGUGGUAAGACGUCGGGCGGUGCGGACGGGAUGACAUUUCUGCCUUGGGGAGUCGGGCCUAGACACUGCAUCGGAAUGAGGCUCGCCCAGGUCGAGGCCAAGAUAGCGCUUGUGCACAUCCUCCGGAAGUUCCGCUUCGAAAGGACAGAGAAGACAGUCGUUCCUCUUGAACUACUCCACGUCGGUGUGCUGAGGCCCAAAACUCCGAUCUUGCUUCGUGUUGCGGCGCGAUAAAGAGCGCAUCGGAGUUGUUUCGGAAUUCACAUGCAGUAACACACUAUUGGGGGGGAUCUUUUGUCGAUGUUUGAGAAGCAUUCAAAAUUGAGUGUCGCAUUUCUACGAUAUAAAGGCUAUCAACAACGAUAUCACGAACACCAGAGUUUACUGGCCGGUCUGCACAAAGAUUACCGGGAAUAUAUUUAUUGUGUCAAGAAACACACAACAACAGUAGCAUAUGUUAUGGGUCGCUAUUCACAAAAACAUGUUCACAGAUGCCCGCUACAGCUUUGUUGAUAGUAGUGUAACACCACACCCUGUGCAUGCUAAAUAUUGUACUAUAUGAUGUACUUACCUUGCAUAAUCAAACUUAUGUUUGUUAAAUAUUUCAGUAUACUGCUCACAGUUUAAUUUAACAAUAUGUGUAAAACCGUUGAUUGUGUCCGUUUCAUUUUAUUUAAUAUUAAAGAUACGACAUUG